CGUUUCGUUCUUCGGUGCAUGACGACGUUAAUGACAAACUGAGCGAGGCGAUACCUAGUUGUUUCUCUAAUGGCAUCUGAUGAAAAACCUGCUCGACGUUUCAAACGUCUUCCUGUAGUAAUAGAAGAAGAUCACAAUGAGGUGGUGCCCCACAUACAUCGUGCUAUAGCAACUCGUCACUUGGCAUUAAGUGGAAUGAGUCUGGUACACCUAGACUCUCAUCCAGAUCUUUUGCUCCCAGUGAACAUGCCAGCAGACUAUGUGUUUAACAAAGAAAUGCUAUACAGGUCACUUAGCAUUGAAAACUGGAUUCUACCGUUAGUGUUUGCGGGGCAUAUCAACAGAAUUUACUGGUUGAGACCUCCCUGGGCACCUCAGCUACCAGAAGGAGAGAUCUCGUUUUAUGUUGGAAUGUGUCGAAAAAGUGGAAAAUUAAGGGUGACUUGUACAGAAACAUACUUCCUUACAGAGGGACUUUUUGCCCCACAGUCACAGCUCAUUAAUGAAAAAGAAGUUACCCUAUAUGUCAUCACAAUAAAACCAGAUGGCUGGACUGGCAAGAUGAAAAGCACAAAACCUGUGAAUGUGGGUGAUAAUUCUAUUCACUUGAACUGGCUCAAAGAUGCUCAGGAAAAGCUCAGUGAAAGACCCUUUCUGCUGGACAUUGAUCUUGACUUCUUUUCUACAAAAGAUCCAUUUUAUGAUGAAUUCACAUCUGAGCAGACUGCUCUUCUCAGAGACUUGUUUGGAUAUACACUGCCUAAUAAGAAAAAUGUUGGGGAUCUCACUGAAUUUACUGCCGCACGCAUUGAUCAACUCCAAGAGCUUGAGAAAGCUUUUGAACAGCUCCAGGAAAACCCAGAUCUUAUACCACAAAUGAAAGAUCAAAAAAGGCAAGCUGUGCUAGAAAAAUUGGUAUUUUGUCUUCGAUCAAGCUCCCACCAACCAGUGGACUUCGGGAUGGUUUACCAAGCUGGUUGCACAAUGGAUGACACAGAUCUUCCUCAUCAUGUCAGUUCUCCUGUGCAGAUAAAGCAGUUGAUGGACUCAUGUGCAGACAUCCUACAGCAGUUAUCCCCUCCUAGUUUUAUUACUGUUGCUAGGUCCAGUUCUGAUGACUACUGUCCACAAGACCAGGUUGAAGCCAUUCAAGCAUCCCUCAUAUCCAUGCUCUUAGAUGUCUAUAAAGACAUAGAAAUUAAAAAACUGUAUGAAGUUUCCUUAGCUGAACAUUCUUGACCUUCACUGAUUUCAGGCCAGUUCAGUAGUGCUCCCAAUUUUCUUGGAUGUGAUUUAACAUCGUAGACUCCGUUCUAAUGCCACUAUUUAGCAUGCCUCUAUGGACAAAUCAAAGAAUGCAACGGAGGUGAAAUAUGUUGUCUGCAGGGUUACCUUUUGAUUUCUGUCGUGCUUAUUCUGUUUAUGUUAUAAAUGUUUUACUCCCAUCUGGAAUUUCGGAACAUUAUUCUUCUGCAUCUUCAACACCAAUAUGAAGGCAGUCCUACUGUAUGGUUCUGAAACCUGGAGAGUGACAAACACCAACAACAAGCUCCAGAUCUUUACCAACCGAUGACUACACCAUAUUCUGGGAAU